AUGUCCUCGCAAGCGUUGGUGUGUCGUAUUUGUGGUGAUCGGAGUUCCGGUAAGCACUACGGUACGGUUUGCUGUGAUGGGUGCUCUUGCUUCUUCAAGCGCAGUAUCCGGAAGCGGGCAAUAUACACGUGCAUCUCCGGUCAGGGAGGAUGCUCGGUGGAUAAGGCAAGGCGCAACUGGUGUCCGUUUUGUCGGCUCCAAAAGUGUUUUAUGGUGGGCAUGAACGCAGCGGCCGUUCAACAAGAACGAGGCCCAAGGAAGAGUCGUAAACUGGUGUCCCAUAAACUGCACCCCAGGAAGCUAUCGGUCGGUGGAGAACGACCGAAGAAAGUGUUGGCUGGAGCUAAUUCAGAUGGGUUCUCGGUGCAGAUUCUGUCCCAAGUGCUGAUGGCGUGCAUCCGGCAAGUGCGUCAUAACGAGCACUUUGCCAUCUUCAGCCGGCUGCAGCAGAACGAGAUACUGCGGCACGUGUGGUACGAAUGCUUUCUGCUUCGCGUGGCCAACUGGUCCAUCGACAUAUCGUCGCUGGUCGAACGGUGCUGCGACGGUCAUCUGCGGUCGGUGAUGGAGGACAUUAAGGCAUUGCGGGUGGAUCUGAUCGAACUAUCGCUGCUCGAGACGUUGAUCCUGUGCCGGAAAGAGUACGCGUUGAGCGUACGGGAAGCCAACCAGCUGGAGCAUCUUGCCGAGCGAGCUCUUACGGCUCUCAGCCAUUACAGCUGGCAGCAGCUACCGGGCACCACGAAGGAGCAGCAGGGUUCGCAACAGUUUCGGGAAGUCCGGUCCGGACUAGGACGACCGGACCCGGUAGGCCUGGAGCCGAAUGCACAUCCUGCCGAGCGAACGGUUUCCACCCGGCUCGGGAAACUGUUGCUUGGCCUUCGUACCGUGGCGCUGCGCUUUAACGAAUUUGCUGUCCGUGCAAUGCUGCGGGAGGUAAUUAGUGAUGAUGGGCUGACGCUGGAAACUAUCCUCACGAAACUGUAGCCUCGCGGACGCUGCUGCUCAGCUUAU